AUGGAGGCCCUGGCUGAUCUAGACUCAGUAGUGACACCCGAGAUGAACCUCCAGUUAACAAAGGCAUGUUCAUAUGAAGAUUUAAAAGGUGCUUUAUUUGAAAUGGAUCCAAUGAGCUCUCCAGGACCUGACGGAUUUUCUGCUGGAUUCUAUCAGGACCACUGGGAAGCAGUUGGUGAUGGUGUGGUCGAGGUUGUCAAAGAGAUCUUUAAAUCCAAGAGGGGUAUUGAGGAAAUUAAUGAAACAUUUAUAGUGCUGAUCCCAAAAAAGAGAAGGCCCAACUUGGUGACUGAAUAUAGACCAAUAAGUCUAUGUAAUGUGAUUUAUAAAGUGUUCUCUAAAGUACUAGCCAACAGAAUUAAGACUUUUCUAUCCAAGUUGAUAUCUCCAUCCCAAAGUGCAUUUGUACCAGGAAGGUUGAUCUCUGAUAACAUUAUCGUGGCAUAUGAAGCAAUGCACUCAAUGAAACAUAGAAUGAAGCAUAAGCAUGAGGGGUACAUGGCUAUGAAACUAGACAUGAGCAAAGUUUACAACAGAUUAGAGUGGUCUUUCUUGGAGGCAGUGCUCUCAAAGAUGGGUUUUGAUAAGAGGUGGACAGAAUUGGUUAUGCAAUGUGUCUCUUCAGUAAAAUAUUCUCUGCUAGUUAAUGGAGACCCUCAACAGCACCUUAUACCUUUUAGAGGAUUAAGGCAAGGGGACCCUCUCUCCCCUUACCUAUUCAUACUUUGCACUGAAGUUCUUGGGAAGAUGUUGGAUGAAGCUGAGAGAAAGGGUUACAUAACUGGUUUUCCAUUUUCAAGAGGAUCGUUGAAGGUUAAUCAUCUUUUCUUCGCAGAUGAUAGCUUACUUUUUUGCAAAGCAAAUGCACUUGAGUGGAGUAGAAUGUCUAAAAUUCUCAAAACUUAUGAGGAAGCCUCUGGACAAAGACUCAAUCUUGAGAAAUCAUGCAUUUUCAAGCUGCCAAAAACUAUUCUCAAUGCCAUUAACAAGCUUAUGCAAAAGUUUUGGUGGGGCAGUCGAGAAAAUAAAACGAAGACUCAGUGGUUGCCAUGGAAACUACUUGGAAAGAACAAGGCAGAAGGUGGAUUAGGUUACAGAGAUUUUGAACAUUUCAACCUUGCUUUACUGGCCAAGCAGGGAUGGAGACUAAUACAACAAUCACAAUCUCUAGCAGCUAAGGUGAUGAAAGCUAAAUACUUUUUCAGGACUGAUUUCCUACAUGCAAAACUGGGCAGCAAUGCUUCAUUUCUCUGGAUGAGCUUUUUGGAAGCCAGGAAGGUGUUAGAGGAAGGAUUGAUAUGGAGGAUUGGUAAUAGGGAAGGGGUUAGCUUAUGGAGAGACAAAUGGAUCCCUCAACCGACCACAUUCAAAGUGCAGACCCCUUUAGAUCAGAGGCAUGCACACUGGAAAGUCAGUAAUUUGAUUGAUGAGCAUUCCAAAACUUGGAACCUGUCGGUUUUGAGGAGCAUAUGCACAGAAGAAGACAUCAGUAAUAUCUGCAAGAUACCUAUUAGUUGGUGUGGCAACCCAGAUAAGCUCAUUUGGAGGUGCUCCAAAGAUGGCAUGUUUACUGUCAAGAGCGCAUACCAUUUGUUAGGCACAAUGGAGCAGUAUCCAAAGGGGCAAAGUUCUGCUCAACCCAACCAGAAGGAAGUGCGGCCCAAAAUAUGGAAGCUGAAGACCUCAAGUGCUGUUAGGAUGUUUCUAUUGAGAGCUACUCACGAGUCUUUACCAACUAACCUUAAUCUCAAGAGGAAGAAAAUUAAGGAAGACCCUUCAUGCCCCAUCUGUAGACAGGAGCCAGAAUAUGUUAUGCAUGCAUUAUGGUCAUGUUCUGCAGUGAUGGAUGUAUGGUUUGUCAAUUCUAGAGGACUUCAGAAAAUGAAGGUUGGGUUCAAGUCAUUCAAAGAAGUAGUGGAACAUGUAAUAGCAAUCCUCAGUGAGGAGGAAGUUGAGCUGUUUGCCUGUACAGCUUAUCAUGUGUGGAGGAGAAGAAAUGUUUUUUUGUUUGAAGGAAAGUUUGAGAACCCAUCUCGAAUAGCUCAAGCAGCUCUUCAAUUGACUAAGGACUUUAAAGAAGCCAAUUACAAUGAGCAAGUUAGCUUGGUUCCUGGAAGGCCUACUGGUAUAGAUUCCUAG